AUGCUGUCCUCCAUCCCUUCACUGUCGACAUCAUAUAUCCGCCACAGCACCGGCCCUUUUGCAGAGCAAACCCUCCUACAAGACCAGCUCGACCAGCUUGACCAGCUCGAGUCGCAGCUGCUUCUCUCUUCCUAUCAACACCACCAACACCACAACCACAACCUCCAGCAAGACCAACAGCAAGAACAACAUCACCACCACCAGACCUUCAGUGAUAUCAGUGAUAGUCCAUCGUUGACCUUCCCUGUUUACCACAGCUGCUCUACGCCGCCGCCAGAGUCUUCUUCUUCUGCCGUGGCCUCCCCUUACGCCUACGACUCCGCCUCCCCUGUCUUCUCUGUCCAGGGCUCUCCUGAGACCGACUUCAUCUCUUCCUUAUACCACGGCGCAGGCGGCUUUUCUAUGCCCGACGAGAGUUUCCCGCCUCGGGAAGACGGUCUAUCGCAUACUCCACCGCCACCUUCAAUAAAGGUGUUCCAGUCUUCGCCGCAUACCAGCAGCAGCAACACCAAUAAUAACCACCGCACCACCACUGCCGCCGCCGCCGCCGCCGCGAACAACAACAAUAACAACCAGAUGCUGUUGCAGUCCGGCCUAUCUUAUGAAGGAGAUCUCCAGACGCUGCUGCCACCACAACAACGUAACCGUCACCGUCUCUCUCCCAGAGCACCCGGCCAGACACCCGGAACCCCAAGCGCCAUCGCAAAACCUCAGCAACAACAACAAUCUCAGCAACAACAGCAUCAGCAACCCGCCCAGCAUAGGCGCACCCCAUCCUCUUCCUCCAACGUCUCCCUCACUUCAGGCUACCACAGCUACUCAGGUUACGACCAAAGCUCCUCCAAACCUCUGCCCACUCCCGAGCAGACUCCCGUGCAGGCCUCCUUUCUGGGUCAGCCACAAUUCCCUUCCUACGACCCGUCUUCCUCAUACCGAAAUGCAGGGGACCAUCCAGAUAUGGAAAUGGCAAUGAGACGAGCUGUAUUUGAACAGCAGAGACAACAUCAACAACAACAGCAUCGUCAGCAACAGGCAGCUCACGCCGUUGAGGAAGAAGCAACUACUUUCCCCUCCUAUACUCUCCCACCCUCCGUAUCAACACUGAGUCACAACUCGUCAGCCACACCUCAGGGUCACAUGAACGCCCGAGCUAACUCCCCCCGGGAUGCCUCUCCUUGGGCCCAGCAGGUCAGCGUCUUCCAGAAUGCGCUUCACCACCCAUCGCAUAUGAACUCGUCUCUGCGAGGAAUGGAGCUCAUGAGCCACAAUGGCCACGAAGAGCAGCCCAAGACCAUAUCACCCAAGGAUGCCAUGCUUGAGUUCCACGAGUCUCCUGCAGACAGCAGUAGCAUGCCCCUUUUCCCUUCCCAGGCCGAGGCUUCUCAGUUUGAGGCUGCCGUGGCAACAACACUGGCCAAUACCGACUUCUCCAACGAUGCCUUUGCCCCUUUUUCCUCCGCCUCCCAGAAUACUCCCCAGCCUUACUUCCUCGGCCAGACUGCCGGUGCGGACGUACUACAAUACCAGACCAACACUCCCCAACAACAACACCAGCCCCCGCAUCAACAACACCACAGCCACCCCCAGCACCAGCAGAACAGCGCCGAGUUCGCUGCCGCUCUAGCCGGCCUUGACCAGGCCGCUGGCGUCGACCGCAAGAUGCAGGAUCACGACUCAGAUCUGGCUACCGGCCGACCAGACGACACUACCUCUGAAGCUGGCACCUACAGCUGUACUUACCACGGCUGUACCCGGCGCUUCGAGACACCCGCUCGGCUACAAAAACAUAAGCGCGAGGCCCACCGCCAGACUACGCCCGGCUCACACAUGCUCUCGCGUGACAACUCGACGCUGGGAGCACGCGGACUUAGCGCCCGUAACUCCCAGGCCGGACCUCACCGAUGUGAGCGCACCAACCCAUCGACAGGCAAGCCAUGCAACUCUAUCUUCUCGCGGCCGUACGACCUUACACGCCAUGAAGAUACGAUACACAAUUCCCGCAAGCAAAAGGUGCGCUGCCACCUGUGCACUGAGGAGAAGACCUUCUCGCGCAACGAUGCUCUAACCCGGCACAUGCGCGUCGUCCACCCCAACGUCACCUGGCCGGGCAAGCAGAAGCGAAGAGGUCGCGAGGACUAA